UCUCAGCCAGGAUAUGUGAAGCUGUCUAAGCCAGUGGCCCUGUGGACUCAGCAGGAUGUGUGCAAAUGGCUGAAGAAACACUGUCCCAAUCAGCACCAGAUCUACAGCGACUCCUUCAAACAGCACGACAUCACAGGGCGAGCUCUGAUGAGAUUGACAGACAGAAAGCUGGAAAGAAUGGGUAUCAUGCAGGACACCCAAAGGCAGCACAUCCUGCAGCAGGUCCUUCAGCUUCGCGUCCGGGAGGAAGUCAGGACCCUUCAACUUCUCACACAAGGGACAGCUACGAGUGGAGGCUCAUCGCUUAUUGCUUACAGUCAACAGAGGCGCACGAGGCACCCCAAACAGAUAUGAUACCCAAACAACAACGGCCUCUGAUUGUCAAGUGGAGGACCUGAUAGUGGCACUUUGGAGUGCAGGGUGCAGAGCAAGGGGGCUCUGCUUACUGGUGACAUAAGUGCUCUAGCUGUGUGGAGAGUGACAAAAGAGCUUGGUAAAUAAGUUCAAAUAUUGCUCGCUUCCUCAGCCAUGCACACUUCGCCCAAUCACUGCGUGAAGUGAGCAUGCUGGUUGAAUUGUCCGUUUCAGGAAAAGUGAGCUGGAAGAGGUUUUAGACGUCUUUCGACAAUCCAACAAGCACUUUGUUUGAAGCGUACGGUCCCGUUAUUAUGAUGAUAUAAAUCAAGUACAAAUGUGGACACUUAUUGCGCAUGACGUCAGUAGUGCUGUUAACAUUGAUUGCGCCUGGUAUCGUGACACUAUAAUGAUACAUACUGAACAAGCUCCAUGGAUGAACCAAGCAAACACAAACGCUUUGCACGACAGCAACUCGUAUGACGUUGAAAGGGAAACAUACUUGACAAGUUUUGUUACAAACUAGCCUGAUAUAAAUAAUGAUUUUAGAGCACGACUUGAUAUGAAAGGUUUGAGAAGCCCUAGUUUAGUGACAAUAAAGUGAAAGUGCACUUGAAUUUUCAUCUUGACAGACAGACAGACAGACAGACCCUGUCCUCCUUCAGCUAAAAUGUCAACAAAAGUUAUUAUAGUUACAGUUUUCAUCCUAAAACAGUGCUAAAAAUCUUAAUGCUUCAUAUGAUUCAAAUAAAUCCUUGUUUUUUUUACAGUUAGUGGCAAAACCUUUUUAUUACAAAGCUCUUGUCAAGUACAGCUGUGCUUCGAAAGGGAGGAAAUGAAAACAACAGAUACAAUCAACACUAAAAACAAGGGAGGACAUUUAAUAAGAGAUCAACACAUAGAAGAAAAUCCAUGAUUUGAAAGACAAUACGUUUUAAAGUGGGUAUUUUCUGUUGUAAAUGUCUGCGUUAGAGACAGACAUGCUCGUUGCACAGCUUAUAUUUAGCUUUAAUAUGUGUAUCCAGUAUAUAAACGUAGAGGGGCUGGGUGUUGAGCAAAGCAUCUCGCUCUCUGUAUUAUGGCUUCAUAUUAACCCCUCUGACAGCUUGCAAUUCAGACUUUGAGACAAUGAAUGAGAAUGGGGAAUGAGAAUGUUAUGAUUAAUUAGGUUGUUUUCCUGAUAAUGACAUUUAACCGUUGAAAUAGUUGUGUGUAAAGGCCUCUUGUGACUGCACUGAAUCUCUCUGAAUUAACUCUAAUACAAAGAUUGGAAGCCGUUAAGCCGUUGCAUUUCUCCACUCCUCAAAAAAAAAAAGAAAUCAAAUUUGUACUCUUCUUCUGUAUUCAAUUUCAUGCUUAUAACCACUUCAGAGUUUUCAAUAACAGUCCGAUGCCAGUAAAUAUGCUAUUACUGGCUUGUGAAAUCAUCACUCUUAAAAGAAACUUGAAUUACACAGCUGACGGAGCUCUAUGAAAGUGGUUUUCUGAGUACAUAGCGCUAAUCUGUGAAUGUAGACACAGGCUCGCUGUUUAUGCUUCAUUUACUGUAACAGAGUCUCAUUUAAAGGAGAAGACGAAGACAACUUUGAAAGAAAUUAGACAUAGAUGCUUUACAGUUUCUUUUUUUCACAUUUGUUCUAAGUUGGUGAGAAGUUUAGUAACUCCAAUCCAUGAUUUACUUUUCCUACAUUUGGAAGUGUUAAAGAGGUACCUUUUUCAUUUAAAUGCUUGCAGUGCGGCUGACAAUCA